AGAAUUUCGUGUAAUGUCCUUGAAAAUCCUGCCACAGAAUUCAGCCUACCUAACUAUACUAUCAUGAUGUACUUAUUCAGUGAAAGGGAUUUGAUUGCAUGCGCCUACCUGCUUCUUGGACUCUUACUUUGUGGAGUAUUCAUUCAUACGCGUGGCGCCUAUUUUCAUCCAUUAUCGUACUUCCCAGGCCCCCCAACAGCAUCGACAAGUAAUUUCUUAUACUGCUAUUCUUUCUUACGGGGAAGACAGCCAUACGACAUCCUGUCCCUCCACAGGAAAUAUGGCUCGGCCGUCCGAAUUGCCCCAAAUGAACUUUCAUUCAACACAGCUCAAUCAUGGAAAGAUAUAUAUGGCUUUCGAAAAGGCCACGGACCAUUCAUUAAAAGUGACUUCUAUGAUGGGGGAAGCUACGCCGAUCAAGCCCACUCUAUCGUGAGCGUGCGAGAUCCUGAAGAGCAUAAACAUAUGCGGAGAUAUAUCUCGCCCGUGUUUUCGGAUAGAUCCCUAACAGAGCAAGAAUCCCUAAUUUCGGAGAGCAUUGAUUCCUUUAUCAAGAAAAUUGGCGGCGAGAGGGGAAAAGAAGGAGUAGAACUCGUAACAUGGUUUAAUAUGUUGACUUUCGAUAUCAUUGGAAACUUGGCUUUCGGCGAAACGUUUAGGGGUAUCGAGACCGGAAACACUCACGAGUGGAUAUCUCUCGUUACAGGGGCACUGAAACAAGGUGCCUUAGCUGAUACCAUGAAGAGAUUUCCAAUGUUCUCUAAGUUAUUUAGAGUAUUAAUGCCAAGAAAGAUCAAGAAUUUGGUCCGCGAGACAAGAAUCCAUGAGGAAUAUUCCUUGAAUCUGAUCAAGAAACGAAUUGCGAACAAAACUCCCCGAAAAGAUUUUAUGACCAACAUAUUGAAAACCAGAGAUCCGUGCGAGGUUUCAGAUAUUCAACUCGCUGCGCAUGCUGCAGACUUCAUAACAGCGGGAAGCGAGACGACGGCAACGGCACUUGCUUGUAUUACCUACUAUCUUCUUCGCACGAAGGAAGUAAAUGACAGGCUUCGUCAAGAAAUCCGCGACUCCUUCGAGGCUUAUGAAUCUAUUAACAAUUCUUCUACAGCGCCGCUCCGAUACUUGAACGCGGUCAUCUUGGAAGGAUUGAGAAUAUACCCUCCACUCCCGCUCGCACUUCCACGGGUUGUCCCCGAUGCGGGCGCCACCGUAGAUGGCCACUUCAUACCAGGAGGGACAAUAGUUUCUACGAACCCAAUCGCAGCCUGCCUUUCCGAAACCAACUUUAAAAACCCAGAACUCUUCGAUCCCAACCGAUGGCUUGAAGGCAAUACUCAUGAUAAUCUUGAUGCGAGCCAGCCUUUUUCUUUAGGGGCAAGGAGCUGUCUUGGACAAAGUCUUGCAUGGAUGGAGAUGAGAACAACACUGGCCAAAAUUCAUUACUCGUAUGACCUUGAAUUGUUGAAUGAGGACGUAGAAUGGCAACGAGACUCACGAAUGCAUACGCUAUGGAUCAAGCCGCCCCUUGUAGUCCGCGUGACGACAAGAUCCCAAUAAGAAUAUCUUCAACAAACCAAAUCAAAGCAAGCCGACGGCAUGUAUCUGACUUGAAUGACCCCCAAGCGGAAAUGUUGCUCUUUUCAACUUUGCUUGGAGUGGCCUACAGUAUAGACUCCCACCUUUGCGUCCUUAAUAGUCUCAUGAUUAUCACCAGUUUCUGGAAACUCCAUCGCACCGACAAGCAGCAGCUGUGGAAGGCGGGAACAAGGAAGAUCACGAAGGGAUUAGUGUUAGACGGUUUGAUACUAUUAAUAUCUAUAAAAACGGGUCUUAAAACCCAAUCUUUGAGCCUCAAAACUCUAUCUGGAGA